AGUGGGCUUAAGCUGCCCUCUGUCCGGAAAGGGUGCCCUCGGUCCAGCGGGUGACUUUCCAACGCAAUGAAGCGCCAGACGACCCUCGGUCUUGCUUUCCUACUUGGCCAUGUCUCGGCAUUGAAGUUUGGGACAUCCAGAAGCAAUCAAACGGAGGACUGCUUGUUUGUGCAGCCGGUGAUCAGUAGCAAAGUCAUUGAGGGCUACUGUGGUACUGGCAAGAGUAGCCUGGUGGAUACCAAGGCAUGUGAUGAUGCAUUGACGCCAUUCCUGCACAAAUCGCUGGCCAAUCGCAUGUUCAAAGAUUGCGACUCAUGGUGCGUGUAUGACUUCGAGAAGCCUGAGAGCAUUGUGUACCGUUGGGAUGAGAAAGCCAGCUGCUACGAAGCCGGAGGUGCUGGCAAUCCCUGUUUCGGCAACGUGGAGCAGAGCAUGGCGAUGGAUCAGAAGAAGAAGAUGUGCAAGGACGCCAGUUGCACUCAACUGGUGACUGCCAUGAGCGAUCAGCUCAUGAAGCGAUACUGCGGCGACCUCAGGAUGAACGCAAAGAGCUGCGAUGAAGAAAACAACGACGCUGUGAAGAAGGCUUUGGCCAACAAGAUGUUCAGCCACUGCGGUGCAUGGUGCCUCUUCGACUUUGACGACCCCAGCAUCUCUUUCGGAUGGUGGCCCGAGAGCAGCUGCUGGAAGAAAGGAGGAUGUGAAGGUCACCCUGAAGAGAGUGGGGCACAGCAGUUGAAGGCCAAUUCCUGCGAGUUGACCACUACCACGACAACGACCACCAGCACCAGCACUUCGACCACCACCAGCACCACCAUCACCUCCACAUCCACGACCACCACCUCCACCACCACGGUGACGACCACCACGGUGACGACCACCUCUACGAUUACCAGUACCUCAACCACCACGACCAGCACGUCCACCACGACCACAACCACUUCCACGACCACUACGACCACAAGUACCAGCACCACUACAAUCACCUCCACUACCACCACCAGCACCAGCACCACCACUGUGACGACUACCACUACCACCAAGACGACCACCUCCACCACCACAACCACCACCACCACCGAAACGUCCACAACGACCACCACAACUUCGACCAGCACGGUGACCACCACCACUACCACCUCCACCAUCACCACCACAACUACAAGCACCACGACUGAAACGACCACCACCACUUCCACAACAACCAUCACCACAUCGACCACCUCAACAACCACCAUUACUUCAACCUCCACCACCACGACCAGUACCAGCACAACCACCACCAGUACCAGCACAACCACCCGAACAUCAACGACCACCACCACCACCAGCACGACCACAAGCACAACCACUGUGACAACGACCAGCACCGCACCACCACCACCAGCACGUCACCACCAGCACCUCCACAACGACGGUGACCACGACCACCACCACCUCUACGGUGACGACCACCACCACAAAGGCUCCACGGGAGACCUGUGGUAUUUGUGA